AUGAAGAAGGAGACGGAAGAACAGCGUCAGAUGCGCCGCGUCGCCUUCUUCGCCAUCGUCAUUUCCACGGCUGCUGUUAUAGCUUGUAUUGUUACGUUACCCAUGCUCUACAGCUAUGUUCAAUCUUUCCAAAGCCAUCUUAUCGUAGAAACUGAGUUCUGCAAAAGCCGCGCUCGCGACAUGUGGGUUGAAAUGCAAGUCCUACACAAAUCUGGAGUUCCUCGACUUCGCAGAGAAGCCCGUGGAUCUGGAACCUGGCUCUUCGGACAAUUCGUUCCAGAUAGCGGAGCCGGAGGUGGAGGAGGAGGAGGAGGAGCUUAUGCUCAAGCUGGUGGUGGAUCUGGCGGUGCUGGAUAUGAAACCGGAGGCGGAGCUGGAUCCGGAAGCGGUGGUUACGGACCAGUUGCUAACGCUGAUAUCGGGCCAACAUGUUGUCCAUGCCAACAAGGACCAGCUGGACCCCCAGGUCCUCCAGGAGAUGACGGACCACCAGGAAACGAUGGGCAUCACGGAAGCCCAGGAGCUCCAGGAAAAGAAGGAUCAAUUUUAUCUUCUGCUCUUCCACCAUCUGAGCCUUGCGUUAUUUGCCCACCUGGUCCUCAAGGACCAGUUGGUCAACAAGGACCACCAGGACCAAACGGUCCUAAAGGAAAACCAGCCGAGAGAGCCAAAGACGGCAAGAACGGAGAAAUGGGAAUGAUUGGACCCCCAGGACCACCAGGAGGUUUUGGAGACCAAGGACCACCAGGACCACCAGGACAACCCGGACGUGUCGUACAGGUUAACGGGCCUGCGGGACCAGCUGGAGAACGGGGACCAAAAGGACCUGUUGGACCAAAGGGAUUACCAGGAAUUGAUGGUAGCUCCGUCGGAGGAGAAUCUGGUGCACCUGGAGACCAAGGACCACCAGGACCUCCAGGAGGACCAGGACCCAAAGGACCACAAGGACGCCAAGGACCUCAAGGAGAAGAAGGAUCUUGCGACCACUGUCCAGAGCCACGUACUCCACCAGGGUACUAA